AUGUGGCAGCCCCAGUCGCCAACUUCUGAUCAGCCCCAGUCGCCUCCAUUCUCGCCCGUUACCGAGAACGCAUCACUGCAACGAUCGGGGUCGACGACGACGCGCACCAAGAACCCGGGUCGGCGCUUCGGCCAAGUCAUCCGGCUCAAGCCCGCCUGCUACGACGCCUACAAAGCUUGCCACGCCAACAUCUGGCCCGAGGUGGCCAAGCAGAUCAAGGGCUGCGGCCUCGAAGACUACAGCAUCUGGUACGACGACAAGACCAGCCUGCUGUUUUCCUCAUUCAGGUACAUCGGCUACGACUACGCCGGCGACAUGCAGCGCAUGGCCGAGAACCCCAAGGUCCGCGAGUGGUGGAAAAUGACCGACGGCUUCCAGGAGUCCCUCGUCGAUGGCGCCACGAGCUCCGAGGCCGGUACGCCGACCUGGUGGCGGCCCAUGGAGGAGGUCUUUUACCAGGCCUGA